AUGGCUGUUCAUGGAGGUGCAUGUGCCAAGUUCGACCCAAGCAUUGGCGAAGAUUGCAGUUAUGCAUGUGGCACCGGCACAGUUGAAAGUGCUUUAACAGAUCUUGAAAGAAUUGAAAAAUUCAACUGUGGAUUCGGUUCACAUUUGACUAUCGAUCAAGAAGUUGAAUGUGAAGCCUCUUUUAUGUCAUCCAAAAAUAUGAGUUUUGGUGCUGUCGGUGCCAUUUCGAAUGUAUUUCAUCCGUCAAAAGUUGCUCGACAUUUGGCUAGUAAUAAUUGGUGGAAACAACGCGACCUACUCCAUCCGCUCAUUCUUGUUGGUCGUGGAGCAGAAAAAUAUGCAGUAAGAAACGAUUUCCCAACGUGCAAUCCAGAAGAACUUAUCUCUAAUCAAGCAAAAGAUAGUUAUGAAAAAUAUCUACACCGAAUGCUACAUCCAUAUGACACACAUGACACUGUAGGAGCAAUUUCAAUUAAUGUAAAUAAUAUGGAAGCCGAAUCAGCUACCUCAAGCGGUGGAAUCGUACUGAAACACUCGGGACGACUCGGUCAUAGUUGUGUUUACGGCAGUGGCACGUGGUCAGAAAGGAGGCAGUAUGAGGAGCCUGGUGAUCUGUAUAGUGAACGUACAAUUUCAAUAGUUUCGACGGGACAUGGCGAGCAUUUAGUAAAAGCUGAUUUUUGUAGAGGAAUCGCUACCAGAGUACUCGACGAUGAAGAAGGCAUCUUAUAUAGCGACAUCAUCCGAGAGUUUCUACGAGACAAAAUGGAAUCUAGAGCUCGGUUUGGUGGUAUUGCAAUGAUCGCUGACAAGUUCAAUGAGCGAAUGUCAUUAGAGUUUCUUGUUUUCCACAAUACUCGAUAUCUACCGGCUGCAGUACGCGGCAGAGAUAAUAAAAUUCAGGUGUAUGAAUCAAAAUUCGAUCCCGACAGUUGUACUGAUGAUAAAUUUGUAAUCGAAUCUUUCCGACUUUAA